AUGGCUUCCGGGGACACGGCCGCCAUUGACACGAUCGACGUCGAGUCGGCACUGUCGACCAAGAAUUCCGAGUUUACGAGCAGCAGUAAGGAUGCGCCCCUGGAGCUGGAUGAAUAUGGGAAGUUCAUCAAGGAUACACCGGGAAAGUUCAUCAUGGCCGAUGGGAUGUCCGGCGAUCAAUCGCUGGCCUCGCGGCCACUCCGGCCCAAGUCGGACAAGGAGCGCAAAAUCGGACACCGGCGGGUUGGCGAGGGCGGCGAGAUUACGUACAAGAAGAUCCAAACGACCACGAUCAUGGGCUCGAUCCAGCUCGGCAUUCAGCACACGGUGGGCAGUUUGGCGUCGAAACCGCGGCGGGACCUGCUAAUGAUGGACUUCUGGGAGCUGGAGACGAUAUCGUUCCCGCCGGAGGGCUCCAGCAUGACGCCUGCCCACCACUAUAGCGAGUUUAAGUUUAAAAUCUACGCCCCCAUUGCGUUCCGGUACUUUCGGGACCUGUUCGGCAUCCAGCCAGACGAUUUCAUGAUGUCCAUGUGUUCAGCCCCGCUACGGGAACUGUCGAACCCGGGGGCGUCCGGUUCCAUCUUCUACCUGACAGACGACGAUGAGUUUAUCAUCAAAACGGUGCAACACAAGGAGGGCGAGUUCCUGCAGAAGUUGUUACCAGGCUACUACAUGAACCUAAAUCAAAAUCCCCGCACGUUGUUGCCGAAGUUUUUCGGCCUCUACUGCUACCAGUGCAAUAGCAAAAACGUUCGAUUAGUCGCCAUGAACAACUUACUUCCCUCCUACGUUAAGCUGCACCUGAAGUACGAUCUCAAAGGUUCCACCUACAAGCGGAAGGCGAACAAAGCGGAACGAUCGAAAUCGUCGCCCACCUACAAGGAUCUGGACUUCAUGGAGCAACAUCCGAACGGUCUUUUCCUGGAGGCCGAAACGUACAGUGCGCUGAUCAAAACGAUUCAGCGCGACUGUCGGGUGCUGGAGUCGUUCAAAAUCAUGGACUACUCGCUCCUGAUGGGCAUCCACAAUCUGGACCUGGCGGUGAAGGAAAAGCAGGAGGCGGCAGCGAAGGCCCGGUCCGAAGGCGAAUCCGACUACGAGGAUGCACCCGAGGCCGACCAGUACAUGGUGCAGGAGCGGGAAGAGCAGCGUACGACGGCCCUCAACCGAAGCAGGUCUAUAAACCGGCAAAGGCUUGUUGCGCAUUCGACAGCAAUGGAAAGCAUUCAGGCCGAAAGUGAACCAAUCGAUGAGGAGGAUGACGUUCCUCCCGGCGGUAUACCUGCGCGUAGUGAGAAAGGCGAACGGUUGUUGCUGUUUAUCGGUAUCAUAGAUAUUUUGCAGUCGUACAGGUUACGGAAAAAGCUGGAACACACAUGGAAAAGUAUUAUCCACGAUGGUGAUACCGUAUCUGUGCAUCGACCUUCUUUCUAUGCACAGCGCUUUCAGGACUUUAUGGCCAAAACUGUUUUCAAGAAGAUUCCAUCCCUGGAUCUGCCCGAAAUCAAAGGCAAUCAUAGAAAAUUUCGCACGUUGGUCACCAGCUACAUAGCGCUAAAACACUCACCAUCCAAGAGAAAAAGUUUAUCGAAAGCAGCCCAGAGAGCAAAGAAUGAAGAAACAGAUAGUCAGCCCGUAGCCGGCAGUUCGCACCAUCAGCACCAUCACCAAAACCAGCAGUUCAACCCAACGCAGACGCAUUUCAAUCAGCACACCACGGGGACACCGAAAUCAGACGUGGACACGUCCUCUAGUGUGCACACGGCGGCUACGAUUACGACGACUUCCAGUAGCAACGGUGGCGGCGGCGGCGGCACCGGCCAUGGUGAUACCGAGGGUGGCAAGGCCAAAGCGACAGCAGCAAGUGCUGCCCCGGGUCCGGUUGGUGGUGCGACAGCCGUGACGCCCACUAACAUGCCCCCGCUCAAGAAGAAAACGUCUGUCGUUAAGCAGAGCGUUCCGCCGCCGGUUCCACCGAGAGGGUCGCCUAAGUUCAACAAAGGAGCGAGUGGUGCUACAGGUCGCGCCGGUGCCGGAUCACACCCGAACCAAUCCAGUGGCCACCGGGGUCGUUCCAGUGCAGGCACAUCUCCUUCCUGUUCUUCCACUCCUCCUCCUGCUUUUGACGACAUCUCCGAGCACGGUAGCAGUAGCCAUCGGCACUCGUCGGACGACAAAACGGGCAGCAGCAGCGGAAUCGGAAGUGGUGUCAGCGGCGGCGGCGGCGGCGGCGGUGGUCACGGCGAUGGUGGCGGCGGAGGUGGCGGUUCCGUCGAUCGGCGGAGCACAUCCUGUCGCAGCGACAACUACAAAGAAGACUCAAUAAGUAUAUCAGAAAUAAGAUUAGAAAGUCAUUUAGCAGUCGAAUCAUCAUCCAAUAGCAAUUACGGCUCUAGGGGAGCCCUAGCGUCGGUCGAAGGGUCGACACCAACAUGGACUGAAGGAACGCCCAGCUUUACGGACUCGAGCUCGAGUGGUGAUAUUGGAACAUUCUCAGGCCAUUCGUCACCGAUGUCGGACCGGGAUCGCCACAAGCCGACGGUCGAGAAGGCGCUGAACUCGCUCACCUCGGAAAUGGUAAGCUUUUCCAAGUUCCACCAGCUUCAUCAUCACCAUCACCAGUACUACUCCUCCUCCACCUCAUCGGUGUCGUCCGCUUCGGGGCAAUUCCGGCGACAUCCGCACCAUCAGCAGCAGCAGCAGCAGCUGCAACAGCAUCAGCAACUCCACAAGCAGGUUAUCUAUGUGAAGAACAGUAGCUGUUCCAGCAUAGACCAAUCGGUACACCUGCUGGGCGGUGGAGGUGGCGGUGCUAGUGGUGGCGGUCUGUACGGUGACGGGGCCGCGGCUGGCAGUAGCAGUGGCCGCAGUAGCCCCCUCAUGAUCAUGCACCACCACCGGACGUCGACGACGAAGGUUAGCGAAAGCGUUUCCUCGUUGAACUCGCCGGCGGUGGAUGGUGGGGCCGAUUCUGCCAAUGCUCCUCCUGUUGCGGCGACCGUCACUGGCCCGCUGACAGCCUUUUCGUCUUCCCCGUCCUCCCCCGUUACCGGAAACCAACGUAACCAUCAGCAACAGAGGAGCGAGUGCGUCGGCGAAGGGGAUGACGAGCACAACGGGGGCACCGCCAGCCACUCCUCGUCCGGCCGUGGCAGUCAGGGCAGUAGCAACGGCUCGCUAACCGAAACCGACCGUAACGCGCUGCACGCCACCGCACAAGAUUAGAGGAAAUGAGGUUCCGAGUUUUUUUUCUUUAUUUUGUUUCCUCCAAAAGACCUCAUUGCUAGACAAGUGAGGAAUC